UUUUCAGAAAUAUGUCGAGGAAUGUUGGUGUUCUCGGACAAAUGUCUGAAAUUAAUGAUCAUCUGUAUCUUUCGGGUGCCGGAGUUUUGAAGCCAGAUAAAAUUAAACAAAGAAAAAUUAAUAUGAUUGUAAAUGCAACCACUGAAGAGCCAUCCACGUAUAUGCAAGGAGUUGACACAAUGAAAAUUCGAAUUGAAGAUCAUCCAUAUGCAAGGCUCAGUGAGCAUUUUGAUGUUGUUGCUGACAAAAUCCGUAAUGUUAAGGAACGAGGCGGAAAAACACUUGUACAUUGCAUGGCUGGAGUAUCAAGAUCAGCUUCAUUGGUAAUGAUUUAUUUGGUAAAACACGAACAUAUGACUCUCCGACAAGCAUAUCACUACGUCAAAGCAGCUCGACCAAUUAUUCGUCCAAAUGUUGGAUUCUGGAAACAAAUGGUUGAUUAUGAGAAACGAUUGAGAGGAACAGCAUCAGUUAAAAUGGUUCAGACACCGGAAUGUGAUAUGCCAAUUCCAGAUGUUUAUGCAGAUGAUAUAAGAAGAAUGCAGAUUAAUAGGGAGAUCAGUAGGCAUUCAUUGCCUUCUGCACAGAGCUCCGCGAGCAAGCAGAGAGCUUUUUCAGCAAGUACAUACCGUCCAUCCGUAUCAUCUGCCUCAUCCCUUGCCACAUCAUCACUUCGUCGAGCAUACAGUCCAUCAUCACUUCCGGCUUCAAGUCUUGCUCUUACCACUUCAUACAGUCUCUUUUCUCCUGCUCCAACAAGAAAACCACGUCAAAGUCUAUUCUCAAUGUACUCAACUUCGCCACGUCACAACUUUUUCUCGGCAUUUUAACAAUAAUGUUCUACUGUGUCUCUUGUUUUGUAUCAUAUUUUGACCAAAAUUUCAAUACUUAUCUACUAUCAAAAAUCAAAAAGCUUUCUUCUAAUUUCGAUGUAGUUCCGCACUCAAAUUUUUAUUAAAAUUGUAUUUUAUUUUUUUAAUUUGAAAUUCUUAACUUUUUUUAAACUUUUCUAAACGCGAAAAAAAGUGGUAACGGGUUGAUUUUUCCCCACAAAAACACACAACAAUCAACAUAUUUUCCCAUUUUUCCUUUGUCGCUUAUUGUCACACACAAAUCCAAAGUUUUUCUGUGUAUAUCAUUCCGAUAAACAUUUUAAAAUCUUUUUGGUUGUUGUUCUGAAUUUCAGA